AUUCUUCCGGGUCCAGAAGGUGAUCUCCGCCCGUGCUCAGAAUCCAGGGGCCCGGGGCUGUAGGUAGGAGUUAAGUGGGUAGGGUCCCUUAACCAGGGUUGUCCGGUGCAGGUGGUGUGUGUUGUUUCGCCUAACGUGUCAGUGGCACAAAUCACGCGAACUUCAUAAACAUUGUGCGUUCGGAAGCAUUUCCAAGAUGCAUUUAAUCCCUGCGUGAGCCCACGUUAGGCAUUCACGAAGGCAUGUGCGCUGUUCUCUCGGAAGCGGCUGGCCGGCUUCCCCUCCUCGCGCGCGACUGUGGGUGCAGGUCCUCACUUCCCAGCCUCCCAUGGGCCCAAGGCCUUCUGAGCUCCAAUUUGAGGCGAGCCACCCCAGAUCCGUAAUUUUUCUGCAGUGAUUUAUUUUUACCUUUCAGAGAUCCGGAAAAUGAGGCCCAUAGGAAACAAGUGACUUGCUGAGUCCAGAUAACACUGACUGUCAGAAGUCUCGCUCUGUCUCCCAGGCUGGAGUGCAGUGGCGUGAUCUUGGCUCACUGCAACCUCUGUCUCCCGGGUUCAAGAAAUUCUCCUGCCUCAGCCUCCCAAGUAGCUGGGACUACAGGCAUGUGCCACCACGCCCAGGGGGUGAGAUGGGAAGAUGGAAAAGUGUUAAAGAGUUCAAAGACAAUUCCAACUAGAGGAAGUGUGUGCAAAGUUUCAGAGAUGAGAUGAGAAACCAUCAGAGAUGACAGGAGAAACAUGAACCAGAAGCUACUGAAGUUGGAGAACUUGCUACGAUUUCACACUAUUUAUAGGCAACUGCACAGUCUGUGUCAAAGAAGAGCAUUAAGACAGUGGAGGCAUGGGUUUUCAUCUGCUUACCCUGUGUGGACAGCUCAACUGUAUGCCUGGCCCUGGCCAACAGAUGUACUCACUGGGGCUGCUUUAUCUCAGUAUAGGCUUCUAGUAACAAAAAAGGAAGAAGGACCAUGGAAAUCUCAGUUAUCUUCAACAAAAUCUAAAAAGGUGGUAGAAGUAUGGAUUGGAAUGACUAUUGAGGAACUGGCCAGGGCAAUGGAAAAAAACACAGAUUAUGUAUAUGAAGCUUUAUUGAACACUGAUAUUGACAUAGAUUCACUGGAAGCAGACUCACAUUUAGAUGAAGUCUGGAUCAAAGAAGUGAUAACGAAGGCAGGGAUGAAGUUAAAGUGGAGUAAAUUAAAACAGGACAAAGUCAGAAAAAAUAAAGAUGCUGUAAGAAGGCCCCAGGCAGAUCCAGCUUUAUUAACCCCAAGGUCCCCAGUUGUUACUAUAAUGGGCCAUGUUGAUCACGGGAAAACGACAUUACUUGACAAAUUUCGAAAAACUCAAGUGGCAGCAAUGGAAACUGGAGGCAUCACUCAGCACAUUGGUGCCUUUCUUGUCUCUCUGCCUUCUGGGGAAAAGAUAACUUUUCUUGAUACUCCAGGACAUGCUGCUUUCUCAGCAAUGAGAGCCAGAGGUGCUCAGGUCACUGACAUUGUCAUAUUGGUUGUAGCUGCAGAUGAUGGAGUGAUGAAACAAACUGUAGAAUCUAUUCAGCAUGCCAAAGAUGCACAGGUUCCUAUUAUCCUUGCCAUAAAUAAAUGUGACAAAGCUGAGGCUGAUCCUGAGAAAGUGAAAAAAGAGCUGCUGGCUUAUGAUGUGGUAUGUGAAGAUUAUGGAGGUGAUGUUCAAGCAGUGCCUGUCUCUGCACUUACGGGCGAUAAUCUGAUGGCUUUGGCAGAAGCAACAGUUGCUCUUGCAGAAAUGUUAGAAUUGAAAGCAGAUCCCAAUGGUCCAGUGGAAGGAACAGUAAUAGAGUCUUUCACAGACAAAGGAAGAGGUCUUGUUACUACAGCUGUAAUUCAAAGAGGAACUUUAAGAAAAGGCUCUGUUCUGGUUGCUGGAAAAUGUUGGGCAAAAGUACGCUUAAUGUUUGAUGAAAAUGGAAAAACAAUUGAUGAGGCCUAUCCCAGCAUGCCAGUGGGAAUUACAGGCUGGAGAGACCUUCCUUCUGCAGGAGAAGAAAUUCUUGAAGUAGAAUCUGAGCCAAGGGCACGUGAAGUUGUUGACUGGAGGAAAUAUGAACAAGAACAGGAGAAAGGUCAGGAGGAUCUGAAAAUAAUAGAAGAAAAGCGAAAGGAACACAAAGAAGCACAUCAGAAAGCCCGUGAGAAGUAUGGCCAUCUACUGUGGAAGAAGAGAUCAAUUCUACGGUUUUUAGAAAGAAAAGAACAAAUACCCUUAAAGCCAAAAGAGAAAAGGGAAAGAGAUUCAAAUGUACUUUCUGUGAUUAUUAAAGGUGAUGUUGAUGGUUCUGUUGAGGCUAUUUUGAACAUUAUAGAUACCUAUGAUGCUUCACACGAGUGUGAACUAGAAUUAGUACAUUUUGGAGUGGGUGAUAUAAGUGCAAAUGAUGUUAACCUUGCUGAAACAUUUGAUGGUGUUAUAUAUGGCUUUAAUGUGAAUGCAGGCAAUGUUAUCCAACAGUCAGCUGCAAAAAAAGGAGUAAAAAUUAAACUUCACAAAAUAAUUUACCGUCUUGUUGAAGAUUUGCAAGAGGAACUGAGCAGCAGAUUACCCUGUGCUGUGGAAGAGCACCCAGUAGGUGAGGCAUCUAUACUAGCUACCUUCUCUGUAACAGAAGGGAAGAAAAAAGUUCCUGUGGCUGGCUGCAGAGUCCAAAAGGGACAGUUAGAAAAACAAAAAAAAUUUAAACUAACCCGUAAUGGACAUGUAAUUUGGAAGGGCUCAUUAACCUCAUUGAAACACCAUAAAGAUGACAUUUCAAUUGUCAAAACGGGAAUGGAUUGUGGUCUCAGUUUAGAUGAAGACAAUAUGGAAUUUCAAGUGGGAGACAGAAUUGUUUGUUAUGAAGAAAAGCAAAUUCAAGCCAAGACUUCUUGGGAUCCAGGAUUUUAAAAUUACAUUAAAAAUGUAAAUAACUCAA